AUGUUGGGAGCAGUGAAAUCUUUGACAAUCGUUAAAAAAAGAAUGCGUCACGUGCUCCUCGUUCAGAAGAGCAAGGACUCGCAGAAAUGUCCGGAUUAUAAUAAAAUCGAAAAACGAAAUGUGAUCAAAGAUAAACUCCACGUUUUGAGGGAGAGCGGUACCGAAUUGCUCUUGAAAUCUACGCUGAUACCGUUUAGAUGGUUGAAAAGCUCAUUCAGAUGCUUCUACUGCUACGAAAUAUUCAAGGAGCCGAGAGAUUUGAAGGCACACCAAACGACGCACCAAGAUCCGGAGAUAAUUAAAAAGACAAUGAACAAAUACUGGGAGUCGGUUAUUUACGUUGACGUCUCGAACAUAGGAUGUCGUCUCUGUUCCGAACAAAUAAACGAUUUAGAUUCACUAAUUGAGCAUUCGAUAAGGAAACACAAAAUGUCGUUCAAUACUGACGUAGGUAAUUGUAUUAGACCAUUCAGAUUGGAAGACAUGACGGUGAAUUGCGUGAUAUGCGGUAAAAAUUAUACAAACUUUUCGUUUCUACUAAUUCACACGAACAAAGAACAUUUCGGGCUGUCCCCGUUGCUGUGUGACGUUUGCGGCCAACAUUUCAAAUCGAAAAGGCUGCUGCGAGACCACGUCGCCCACGACCACGAGAAGAAGCCAGUCGAGUGUAACAUUUGCGGCGAAACGAUCGUCAGCAUGACGAGGAUGAGGACGCAUCUGCAGAAAGCGCACAACAAGAGGUACCGGUGCCUGUUUUGCGCUGAAACAUUCGAGAAUCACUACAGACGCACUCGGCAUAUGAUAACGAUUCACAAGCUGAAAGAAGAGUUCAAAUGCCCGCACUGUUCGCUGAGUUUUGUCUAUAGGAAUCGGUUACUAACGCACAUACGAGAAAAGCAUCUCAGGGAGAAAAACGUGAUGUGCAGCGUCUGUGGCUGGGAGGGCUUCGGGAAGACCAGCUUAGGGCUCCACAUGAAAAAGCAUAGCGACGAACGGAAUCACCCGUGCCCGUCCUGUGACAAGGCCUUCAAGACCAGAAAGAACAUGAUACAGCAUUUGAGGAAUAUCCACCAAAAAGGACGAUCGCGUAACUUUGACAAGGAAUCGGCGUCCAUUGUCGACGCGGAACUAGUCGAAGCCAAAAAAUCAUGGAGGGUGUUAGCAACGGUUCUAGAAAAUUCGACAGCCAUGCCGUUUAAAAGGCACGGCAAUUGGCACAAAUGCUUCUUCUGCGGCAAACGAUUUCAAAGCGUUUUGCAUUUGAGGGCCCACAACACGGACCAGCACAGCGCAGAAUCGACCAACGAAUUGGAAGAACUAAUAACGGAUCCAUUCAUAAAUCUUGAUAUAACGAGUUUAAGAUGCAGGCUCUGCGACGCAGCGGCUGACAGUUUGGGGGAUUUCAUCUACCACAUUCGCGAAAAACACGAGUUGAAUCAGAUCACAUUUGUGCCUCGAAACAUCUUGUGUUUCAAAUUAACGGACACCGAUUUUUCGUGUUUGAACUGCGGCCGAAAAUUUAAACUGUUCGGCACUUUACUGUCGCACAUCAUAACAGAGCACAACCGCUUGACGAGCUCCAACGAAAUCAUCCCUUACAAGAACGACCUCGAUGACUCUUUACACAUCAGGAAACACGAAUGUACAUUUUGCCGUAAGAGGUUCUUAAGUAGGCGUCGGAAAGAGCUGCACGUGCGACUCGUGCACGAAUCGAAAACCAACUGCCCCUAUUGCGCGGAAACAUUUCGCAGCACCAAAGACAAGGACGGACACAUUUACACGGUCCAUUCCGAUGAGAUAAGCUGGCAGAGCUGCGACAAGUGCCCUGCGAAAUUUCGAUUGCACGAGCAGCUACACAAGCACACGCGUCGGGUGCAUUUGAAGGAGAAAAACGUGACGUGCGAGGUUUGCGGCAUGAGGUUCUUCAACAACGGGAUACUGAACAUGCACAAAGUGAGACACAGCGACGCCAAACCGUUUCAGUGCUCGAUAUGCCAUAAGCACUUCGCCAGGAAAGCCGCGAUGAAGCUACACAUGCGAAUCCAUACAAACGAGAGGCGAUAUAUUUGUAAAUUGUGCGGUAAAGCUUUCGUUCAGUGGUCCAGUCUCCAGCUACAUUUGCCGAGGCACAGCGACGAGAGGAAGUUUCGAUGUAUGGUCUGCAGUAAAGCUUUCAAAACGAAAAACAACUUGAAAAAGCACAGUUCUAAUGUGCACGGUAAAGAUAAAGUCGCCUAG